AUGGAGCUGCUGGUUUCGUCCAACUCGUCGACGGCGGCGGCCGUCACGUUCAUCACCUUCGUACAAGACCUCAAGAAGAAGACGAAACAAUGGGGACCUAUGAUCGAGCUGAGAGUGGAGCGCAUUCAACGAAUUCUGAAGCGCAAGAACGACUCCAUCCAGGAGCAACUUGCCGGGCUACAACUGAAGAUUGUCGCGGAGGACAAGAUUGUCGAGAACAAGAUCAACGACAUCAUACAGGAGUGGGAGCAGACCCGCCCCGUGCAGGGCAAGCUCAAUCGGAUACAAGAGGAAUACGACCUCGUCUGCAAAGCCAAAGAAGCGCUUGACCUCGAGUUAAUUCGGCACACGCGUCUCGACCCAAUCUUCGAGGAGUUGCGCGACCUGAAGGCCGUCUGGACCGCGCUGUCCGGCAUAUGGAACCAGAUGGGCGAAUUGAAGGAGAUGGCGUGGGCCACUGUGCAGCCAAGGAAGCUGCGACAGCAGAUCGACGGGCUACUGUCGUCGACGAAGGAUAUGCCAACGAGGAUGCGGCAGUACGCCGCGUUCGAGUACGUGCAAGAUGUCCUCCGGGGUUUGCUGAAGUCGAACACGCUCGUGUCUGAGCUGAAGUCGGAAGCCUUGAAAGAUAGGCAUUGGAAGCAGCUCUUCAAAGUGCUGCGCGUGCCAACGCAAGUCAGCCUGCCUCUGCUGACCCUAGGUCACGUCUACGACAUGGACCUGCGGAGGAACGAGAACACCAUCAAGGAGGUCAUCAUCCAAGCGCAGGGUGAGAUGGCUCUGGAGGAGUAUAUUCGCCAAGUGAAGGAGGUCUGGACGAACUACACACUCGACCUGGUCAACUACCAGAACAAGUGCCGCCUCAUUCGUGGCUGGGACGAUCUCUUCAACAAGUGCAGUGAGAACCUGAAUUCGCUGACAGCCAUGAAGCUCUCGCCGUACUACAAAGUCUUCGAGGAGGAGGCUGGCUCUUGGGAGGAGAAGCUUAACCGGAUUCACGUCCUCUUCGACGUUUGGAUUGACGUGCAGCGUCAGUGGGUCUACCUCGAAGGUAUCUUCUCCGGUAGCGCAGACAUCAAGCAUCUCUUGCCGGUCGAGACCGCCCGUUUCCAGAACAUCAACACCGAGUUCCUCGCGGUCAUGAAGAAGGUGUACAAGUCACCGUUCGUACUCGACGUCAUGAACAUUCCGGGUAUUCAGAAGAGUCUCGAGCGCCUCGCAGACUUACUCAACAAGAUCCAGAAGGCCCUCGGAGAGUACCUCGAGCGCGAGCGCGCUUCGUUCCCUCGCUUCUACUUCGUCGGCGACGAAGACCUGCUGGAAAUCAUUGGUAACAGCAAAGAGAUCCUUCGCAUCAUGAAGCAUCUCAAGAAGAUGUUCGCUGGUAUCUCGACGAUCGCGCUUGAUGAGCAGCUGACGCAGAUCGAGGGUAUGUCUUCUCGGGAGGGCGAGGAAGUGCACUUCAAAACGCCCAUCCUUCUCAAAGACUUCCCGAAGAUCAAUGACUGGUUGACCAAGCUGGAGUCGGAGAUGAGGGUGUCGUUAUCCCUCCUCCUUUGCGACGCAGUCACGGAACUGCAGUCCUUCUACGGCUCGGCCUCUCCGUUGCCCAAGGACCUAUUCAUGGCGUGGCUGGAGAAGUACCCUGCACAGCUCGUCACUCUCGCCAUUCAAGUCGCGUGGACCGCCUCCACCGAGUCUGCACUAGAGAAUCAAAUAGGCCUCGAAGGACCUUUGGACACCAUACGGCAAGGUCUGGACCUCCUCGCCGAUGUUGUGCUCACCGAGCUCAGCCCCGUGACCCGGCGCAAGUGCGAGCAUCUCAUCACUGAGCUUGUCCACCAGCGGGACGUCGUUCGCGAUUUGAUUCAAAAGAAGGUCGUCGACAACCGCGCGUUCUCCUGGCUGUAUCAGAUGCGCUUCUACCUCGACCAGAGUCUCGAGAACCCCUUGGACAGGCUCGCCAUCCGAGUGGCGGAUGCAUCCUUCCCGUACGGGUGGGAGUACCUUGGCGUCCCUGACCGUCUCGUCCAGACGCCGUUGACGGACAGGUGUUACCUGACGUUGAUGCAGGCUCUAGACAAUCAAUUGGGCGGAGCUCCUUUCGGUCCUGCCGGGACGGGCAAGACGGAGUCGGUUAAAGCGUUGGGCGUGCAACUCGGCCGCUUCGUUCUCGUGUUCUGCUGUGACGAGACGUUUGACUUCCAGGCGAUGGGUCGUAUCUUCGUCGGUCUUUGUCAAGUCGGCGCCUGGGGAUGCUUCGAUGAGUUCAACCGUCUCGAAGAACGUAUCCUCAGUGCCGUUUCGCAGCAAGUGCAGAGCAUCCAGCAGGGUCUCGCCACUCUCGUCAAGAAUCCGAACACCGAGAUCGAGCUGGUUGGGAAGAAUGUCAAGCUUAACCAGAACAUGGGUAUCUUCAUCACAACGAACCCUAACUACGCUGGACGAUCGCAGUUGCCUCCCAACUUGACGAAGCUGUUCAGACCGAUGGCCAUGACCCGCCCCGACCGAGAACUCAUUGCUCAAGUCAUGUUGUUCUCUCAAGGCUUCCGGACCGCUGAGUCCCUUGCCUCCAAGAUUGUGCCGUUCUUCAACCUAUGCGAUGAACAGCUGUCUCCUCAGCCUCAUUACGACUUUGGUCUGCGUGCGCUCAAGGCCGUGCUUGCGAGCGCAGGUAUCCUCAAGCGUGAACGUUUGCAAAAUGCAGGCGAGGGCGAAACCGCUGUAGGCCUCUCCGAUGCUGUGUCGGAGCAGGUCAUCCUGAUCCAGAGUGUCACCGAAACUAUCGUGCCGAAGUUGGUUGCGGAGGAUGUUCCACUCCUGACGAGCCUCCUAGCAGACGUGUUCCCAGGCACAGAUUAUAUCCCCGUGAAUCUCGAUGCGCUGCGGGAGCAAAUCAGCAAGGUCUGUGCCGAACGUCGCCUGGUGGAGGGCGAGAGGUGGAUCAGCAAGAUUCUCCAGCUCUACCAGAUCCAGAAGAUUCAGCACGGUUUGAUGAUGGUCGGGUCAUCUGGUAGCGGCAAGACGAACGCGUGGCAGGUGUUGCUGGCCGCUCUCGAACGGCUCGACGGAGUCGAAGGUAUCGCAUACGUGAUCGAUCCCAAGGCGAUGCACAAGGACGCCUUGUACGGCACUCUCGAUCCGACUACGCGCGAAUGGAACGAUGGUCUCUUCACACAUACCCUCCGUAAGAUCGUGGACGAUGUUCGUGGCGAGAGUGGCAAGCGACACUGGAUCAUCUUUGAUGGUGACGUAGAUCCUGAGUGGGUCGAGAACUUGAACAGUGUACUCGACGAUAACAAAUUGCUCACGCUGCCAAACGGAGAGCGACUCAACUUGCCGUCGAACGUCCGCAUCAUGUUCGAAGUCGAACACCUGCGUUAUGCGACCCUGGCUACCGUCAGUCGCUGCGGUAUGAUCUGGUUCAGCGAGGACAUCGUUGAGCCGAGUAUGGUAUUCAAACAUUACCUCGAGACUCUUUCCACCGCGCCUUUGGACGCAGAAGAUGAGGAGGUCGAGAUACCGGGUCGUCGUACGGACGCGCUCGCUGCUGAGACGACAUCCUCCCCGCACCUUGUCACUCAGAAGCAAAUCGCGGAUGUUCUGAGGAACUUCUUCGAAGAAGACGGAUUGGUUCUCGGCGCGCUCAACUUUGCAGAGUCCUUGGAGCACAUCAUGGACUUCACUAUCACCCGUGCGCUGAACACCUUGUUCUCCUUGAUCAACAAGACGGUCCGUAACAUCAUCGAGUACAACAUCCAGCAUUCCGAUUUCCCUCUGGCACCCGAGCGCGUCGAACAAUACGUCGAGAAGCGGCUCUUGGUCAGCAUCAUCUGGGCUUUCUCGGGUGACGCACGUUUGGAGCUGCGUUCCGAAUUGGGCGAAUUCUUGCGCAAGCAGACCGGAGUGGAUUUGCCGCCGUUGGGUCCGGGAAGCUCGUUGCUCGACUAUGAUGUCCAAGUCGCCAAUGGCGACUGGUUCCCGUGGGCUUCGAGGGUUCCAGUCAUCGACAUCGAGUCUCAUGCGGUAACUGCGUCCGAUGUUGUCGUUCCGACGAUUGAUACUGUCCGACAUGAAGAAGUUCUCUACUCGUGGCUCUCUGAGCACAAACCUCUCAUGCUGUGCGGUCCUCCUGGGUCCGGGAAGACCAUGACACUCUUUAGUGCCCUACGGAAACUCCCAGACAUGGAGGUCGUCGGCCUGAACUUCUCCAGUGCUACUACGCCGGAGCUCAUCCUGAAGACGUUCGAACAGUACUGCGAAUAUCGGAAGACACCCAAUGGCGUGAUCCUUGCGCCCGCCCAGAUUGGUCGCUGGCUAGUAGUCUUCUGUGACGAAAUCAAUCUGCCCGCGACCGACAAAUACGGUACUCAGCGGGUCAUCUCGUUCAUCCGACAGCUCGUCGAAGCCAACGGUUAUUGGCGAACCACCGACAUGGCAUGGGUCAAGCUGGAGCGUAUCCAGUUCGUCGGUGCUUGCAAUCCCCCUACGGACCCUGGCCGUGUCCCUCUCAGUCAUCGUUUCCUCCGACAUGCCCCAUUGGUCAUGGUAGACUACCCUGGGGAAUUGUCCUUGAAGCAAAUCUAUGGCACCUACAACCGCGCCGCCCUCAAGGUCCUUCCUAACCUUCGGACAUACGCCGAGCCACUCACGGAUGCUAUGGUCGCGCUCUACCUCGCAUCGCAGAAACGAUUCACCACCGAUAACCAGGCUCACUACGUUUACAGCCCGCGUGAGCUAACCCGCUGGGUACGUGGCAUCUACGAGGCCAUCAAGCCGCUGGAGACCUUGUCUGUGGAAGGACUUGUACGGGUUUGGGCCCACGAAGCGCUUCGCCUGUUCUCUGAUCGUCUUGUCAAUGAAGAAGAGAAGCGGUGGACAGAUGAGAGCAUCGAUAAUGUCGCAAUUGAGAACUUCCCGACCAUCGACCGCGACGAGGCGCUAGCACGUCCCAUCCUAUUCUCCAACUGGACGUCGAAAAACUACGUCUCUGUCGAUCGUGAAGCAUUGCGCGAGUACACCAAAGCGCGGCUUCGGGUGUUCUACGAAGAAGAGCUCGAUGUGCCACUUGUGCUAUUCAAUGAUGUCCUAGAUCAUGUAUUGCGUAUCGAUCGAGUCUUCAGGCAAAUACAGGGCCACCUGCUGUUGAUUGGUGUCAGCGGUAGCGGCAAAACGACGUUGUCUCGAUUUGUCGCCUGGAUGAAUGGCUUGAACAUCUUCCAGAUCAAGGUCUCGAACAAGUACACGGGCGAUGAUUUCGACGAGGACCUCAGAACGGUCUUGCGACGUGCCGGAUGCAAGGGGGAGAAGAUAUGCUUCAUCAUGGAUGAAUCAAAUGUCCUCGACUCUGGGUUCCUGGAACGGAUGAAUACCCUUCUUGCGAACGCUGAGGUUCCUGGUCUCUUCGAGGGCGACGAGCACGCAGCCCUGAUGACCGCCUGCAAGGAAGGUUCGCAGCGGGACGGUUUGAUGCUGGACUCGCAUGAAGAACUAUACCGCUGGUUCACGCAACAAGUGGCCAAGAACUUGCAUGUCGUUUUCACCAUGAAUCCUCCCGAGAACGGACUCGCCUCGCGCGCUGCUACCUCGCCGGCUUUGUUCAAUCGUUGCGUCUUGGAUUGGUUCGGAGAUUGGUCUGAUCAGGCCUUCUACCAAGUUGGAAUGGAGUUCACCAACACACUGGAUCUCGAUCUACCUUCAUACAACCCACCGGCCAUGUUCCCCAUCGCAUAUCGCGAACUGUCGAUGCCUCCGAUCCAUCGUGCCGCUGUCGUCAAUGCGCUGGUGUAUGUGCACCAAUCGCUGCAUCAGAUCAACCUACGCCUUAGUCGCCGGCAAGGACGAUACAACUACGUUACGCCACGGCAUUACCUGGACUUCAUCAACCACUACGUUCGCCUGCACAACGAGAAGCGCGAGGAGUUGGAAGAGCAACAGCGCCAUCUCCAUGUAGGACUGGAUAAAUUGCGUGAAACAGUAACGCAGGUCGAGGAGCUUCGCAAGAGUCUCGCUAUCAAACGCACACAGCUCGAGGCGAAAAACGAGGAAGCCGAUAGGAAGCUGAAGCGCAUGGUCGCGGAUCAACAGGAAGCGGAGCAGAAGAAAGCGGCAUCGAUCGAUAUCCAGGCUGCUCUAGCGGCACAGGACAAGCACAUCGAGCAACGUCGUGCCGUCGUCAUGGCGGAUUUGGCAGACGCCGAACCAGCUGUCCUGGAUGCUCAAGCAGCUGUGAGCAACAUCAAGCGGCAGCACUUGCAGGAAGUUCGUACUAUGGCCAAUCCUCCGGAGGCUGUCAAGCUGGCUAUGGAGUCUGUGUGUACGAUCCUAGGGCACAAGAUCGACAGCUGGCGUACGGUCCAGGGUAUCAUUCGGCGCGAUGACUUCAUUCAGCGAAUCGUGAACUUCGAUACCACGACCCAGAUGACGAAACAUCUGCGCGAAAUCAUGAAGAGGGAUUUCGUCAGCCGGCCUUCCUACACCUACGAGAACGUGAACCGUGCCAGUAAAGCUUGCGGGCCUCUCGUCAAGUGGGCCAUUGCACAAGUCCGCUUUUCCGAGAUUCUGGACAAGGUGGAGCCUCUGCGCAAUGAGGUGCAGUCGCUAGAGGAUCAAGCGGAACGUACCAAAGAGCAGGCGAAGAUGAUGGUGACGAUGGUAGCCGAGCUGGAAGCCAGCAUCGAGCGAUACAAACAGGAGUAUGCAGCUCUGAUCCGAGAAACCGAAGCUAUCAAGGGAGAGAUGGAGCGCGUUGAGAGCAAGGUCAACCGCAGCAUGACGCUGUUGGACAGUCUAUCGUCAGAGAAGACCCGUUGGGAGUCUGGCAGUCGCACAUUCGACACAGAGAUGGGCACCAUUGUGGGCGACGUACUACUCUCCGCAGCUUUCUUGGCCUACGGUGGAUUCUUCGAUCAACAGUACCGUGAACAGAUGUGGCAAGAGUGGUCGUCGCAUCUUGCGGAGGCGAACAUCAAGUUCAAGACUGAGCUCUCCAUGCCAGACUACCUGUCGACUGCAGAUGAUCGUCUCAGCUGGCAAUCCAAAGGGCUGCCCUCCGACAACCUAUGCACCGAGAACGCCAUCAUGAUCAAGCGCUUCAGCCGGUAUCCUCUGAUCAUUGACCCGACCGGCCAAGCCACCAACUUCUUGCUCAAAGAGUACAAGGAUCGCAAGAUCACAGUGACGAGUUUCCUGGAUGAAGCGUUCCUGAAGGUUUUGGAAAGCGCGCUGCGUUUCGGCAACACACUCCUCAUUCAGGAUGUCGAGCACCUUGACCCCAUCUUGAACCCCGUGCUCAACAAAGAGAUUCGCCGUACCGGUGGUCGAGUUCUCAUCCGGCUCGGUAGCCAGGAUAUCGACUUCUCACCUUCCUUCACAAUGUUCUUGGCUACCCGGGACCCCUCGGUCGAGUUCUCUCCUGACAUAUGCAGUCGCGUCACCUUUGUCAACUUCACCAUGACGAGGAGCAGCCUGCAAAGUCAAUCGCUUGACCAAGUCCUGAAAGUCGAGCGACCAGACACGGAAAAGAAGCGAACCGACUUGAUGAAGAUGCAGGGUGAAUUCCGCCUGCGUUUGCGCACAUUGGAGAAGCUGCUCUUGCAGGCGUUGAACGAGUCGUCCGGAAACAUUCUUGAUGAUGACAAGGUCAUCAAUACUCUCGAGACGCUAAAGCGGGAGGCGGCAGAGAUCACACACAAAGUGGAGGAGACGGAUCUCGUCAUGCGAGAGGUGGAGCAAGUUACUGCCGAAUACCUGCCUCUGGCGCAAGCAUGCAGCGCCGUAUUCUUCAUUCUCGAGCAGCUCAACCUCGUCAACCACUUCUAUCAGUUCUCCCUGCGCUUCUUCCUGGACAUCUUCGACUAUGUUCUCCACCAGAAUCCAAAUUUGAAGGGCGUAUCCGACUAUCAUCGUCGGAGAGAAAUCCUGCUCAAGGAUCUCUUCCUGAUGGCAUACAAGCGGACAUCUCGCGCGCUCCUUCAUCGCGAUCACGUCAUGCUCGCCGUGCUGUUGGCUCAGGUGAAGCUACGGGGAGUCGAAGAGAUCACUGACGAACUCGAAUUCCUUCUCGAGAGUGGUGACAGUGCUGUGGCCACUGGUGGUGGUAAUGCCGACAUACAGAGCCUCACGUUCCUGUCUAUCGAUCAGAAGCAACGACUGGAGAGUUAUGGGAGACAGCCCAUCUUCAAGCCUGUUCUCGAGCACAUUGUGCAGCACGAAAGCGAGUGGGCUGCACUCCUGGAAUCAAACGUUCCGGAACAAUCGGUUCCUUCUGCAUGGGGCCCCGGCACACCUGCUCUGGAGGGCACACGUCGGAUGCUUGUCAUCAAGUGUCUCCGACCGGAUCGAUUGUUGCAAGCAACAGCAGCCUUCGUGCGCACCGUCUUUGAGGCUGAUAUGAACGCCGAGUCUGCGUACAACCUCGGGUCGAUGGUCGCUGACGAAAUCUUACCCUCCACACCUCUAUCGCUGGUGUCUGUGACUGGGUAUGACGCCAGCUACCGAGUCGACAAUCUGAUUCGCGACACGGGUGCUCGUUGCGCCUCCGUUGCUAUGGGCUCUCAGGAAGGCUUUACUCUUGCGGAUCAAGCUAUCGCGUCAGCAGCGCGCCAAGGCUCAUGGGUCCUGCUCAAGAACGUUCACCUGGCUCCGUCAUGGCUCGGUCAGCUCGAGAAGAAACUGCAGACUCUCAACCCGCACCGCAACUUCCGUCUCUUCCUCACCAUGGAGGCCAACCCCAGCAUUCCUGUCAACAUCCUCCGCCAGUCGAGAAUCCUCAUGAACGAGCCUCCACCGGGUAUCAAGGCCAAUCUCACCGACUCGCUGCGCGGUAUCUCGGGCUCGCGCUUGUCCCAAGGUCCUGCGGAGAAGGCUCGACUGUACUUCCUGUUGGCCUGGCUCCACGCAGUAGUUCAAGAACGUCUACGCUACGUCCCGCUUGGGUGGAGCAAGCUCUACGACUUCAACGACUCAGAUAUGGCCUCCGCGUUCACCACGAUCGACACGUGGAUCAACUCCGUGUCGAAGGGUCGUGCAAAUAUCGACCCCGCAGUGAUUCCAUGGGAUGCUCUGAGGACGCUCGUCAAGCAGUGUGUUUACGGUGGGCGUGUUGACAGCGACUUCGACCAAAAGAUCAUCGACGCCUUCGUGGAUGGUCUGUUCACGCCGGCGGCGUAUAACGUGGACUUUGACCUCGUGCCCAGUGCUACUGGUGCGAGAGUGCUCAGCGUACCUGAAGGAACGAAGCUCGACCACUUCAUGUCGUGGGUCCAAGGUCUUCCGGAGCGGGAGCCUCCGGCUUGGCUCAGCCUCCCCCCUACGGCGGAGCGCGUCAUUGCCGUCGCACAAGGAAACGAACUCCUCGGCAAGCUCAGGAAGAUGCGGAUGCUCACUGACGAUGACGACGAUGUAGCGGCUGCCAGCUCGGGCCCGUCCAAGGGACAGGCUUCACAGCAGCCCGCUUGGAUGCGACAACUGCACGAGCGGUGCAAGGAGUGGCUCGAACAACUCCCGUCGACUUUCCAUACACUCGAGAAGCAGAGCAGCGACAACCAGGAUCCGCUGUAUCGUCUGUUCUACCGCGAAGGUACCAUCGGCAGCAAGCUCCUCUCGCAAGUCCGCAGAGACCUCGCAGACAUCGUCAAGGUCUGCGAGGGCGCCCUCAAGCAGACCAACCACCUCCGCACGCUCAUGAGCUCGCUAACGAAGGGUACCAUCCCGGAUCACUGGCGGCGCUACAAGGUGCACAGGACGCUGGCGGUCUCGGGCUGGAUCUCGGACUUUGCGCGGCGGCUCGCGCAGCUCGACCAGAUCGCGACGCUGGACAACCUGAACAACGUCGAGGUGUGGCUCGGCGGGCUGUUCUUCCCGGAGGCGUACAUCACCGCGACGCGCCAGGCGGUCGCGCACCGCAAAAAGUGGUCCCUCGAGACGCUGCACCUGAAGCUCGACAUCGACCGGGUGAACGACCCCGGGGCCUACAUUGUGGAUGGGCUCGUGCUGGAGGGCGCGAAGUGGGACACGGACCAGCUGACGCUGAACAACGGGGAGACGGUGCGGCUGAACCCGUCGCAGAUCCGCGACAGAAGCCACGUCCUCUUCACGGUCGACCUGCCGUUCGACAGCACCGCGGGCGCGCUGGUCGCGACCCGCGCGGUGUGCCUCACUGCAGGGGGCUAG